UCGCUGCGCCCGCUGCUCCUUCCCGCCCGACUGCGCUGCGCCUGCCACCGCCAUGGGCCGACAGAAGGAGCUGGUGUCCCGCUGCGGGGAGAUGCUCCAUAUCCGCCACCGGCUGUUCCGCCAGGCUCUGGCUGAGUGCUUGGGGACCCUUAUUCUCGUGAUGUUUGGCUGUGGUUCUGUGGCCCAGGUCAUACUCAGCAGGGGCACCCAUGGUAAUUUCCUUACCAUCAAUUUGGCCUUUGGUUUUGCUGUCACCUUGGGCGUCCUCAUCGCUGGCCAGGUCUCUGGGGCCCACCUGAACUCUGCUGUGACCUUUGCCAUGUGCUUCCUGGCCCAUGAGCCCUGGAUCAAGCUGCCCAUCUACACCCUGGCUCAGACUCUGGGAGCCUUCUUGGGUGCUGGGAUUGUUUGGGGGCUGUACUAUGAUGCAAUCUGGAGCUUUGCCAGCAAUCAGCUUGUAGUCUCCGGCCCCAAUGGCACAGCUGGCAUUUUUGCCACCUAUCCCUCUGGACACUUGGACAUGGUCAAUGGCUUCUUUGACCAGUUCAUAGGCACAGCCUCCCUCAUCCUGUGUGGGGUUGUUGACCCCUACAACAACCCUGUCCCCCGUGGCCUGGAGGCCUUCACUGUGGGCCUGGUAGUCCUGGUCAUUGGCACUUCUAUGGGCUUCAACUCUGGCUAUGCUGUCAACCCUGCCCGGGACUUUGGCCCUCGCCUUUUCAUCGCCAUUGCUGGCUGGGGUUCUGAAGUCUUCACAACCGGCCGGCACUGGUGGUGGGUGCCCAUUGUCUCUCCACUCCUGGGCUCCAUCGCGGGUGUCUUUGUGUACCGGCUCAUGAUUGGCUGCCACCUGGAGCAGCUCCCACCCUCCACUGAGUCGGAGAAUGUCAAGCUGGUCCAUGUGAAGCACAAGGAACAGGUCUGAGUGGGCAGGAGGCCACCCUGCCCACCCCUGAGCAUCCACUGACUGUGCAGGGGCCACUACCUAGAAGCCCCCUUCAUUAUCCCCGUCUACCUGCAUCUGGCUAGAUAGCCCCCUUCAGGAUUUCCACUAGACCCUGCCCAGAUAGGACCUUAGGCUACUGCCCUUAAGGUGUGGUGGAAUGGGGUUGUGUCAAUACAUCCCUUAAUCUCCCAAAAAGAGAGAAUGGGCAGCAGGUGUGUGCUCACGUGUGUGUGUGUG